GUUUACAACCAGCUGACAUCCGGCGUCUUCCCGUCCAUUAGCCACUGAUACCCAUUUCAACGAUAUCCGUCUACACUCGAUAUUUUCUCUUCGAAAAUCGCCCCCCCUGAUUCGUCAACUAAACUGAAUGCGAAAUCCCAUCAUAUCCAUCCGAUGCAGGGCUCUGGCCCCGUCUCCAGCAGCUGAACUACACCAGUCCUGUUCUGUUCUGCUCUCCACAUCCACGACCUUCCUCCUCCCUGAGCCAUGACCAACCAGAGGGAUCUUGAUAUGGUGCACCUCCGCCUUAUCCUGGUCAGUGGGAAAACGCAAGACUUCACUUUCUCCCCGAACGACUCGGCCACAGACAUCGCCAAACAUGUAUUUGAGAACUGGCCUGCAGGAUGGGAGGAGGAGAGGGUGAGCAGCCCCAGCAUACUGCGCCUCAUCUUUCAGGGACGCUUCCUUCAUGGCAAUGUUACUCUGGGAGCCCUAAAGCUGCCACCGGGCAGGACGACUGUCAUGCACUUGGUUGCCAGAGAGACUCUGCCAGAGCCCAACUCUCAUGGUCAAAGGAACAGAGAAAAAACCACAGAGAGCAACUGCUGUCUCCUCUUGUAAAGCAACAGAAACAUCCCCACCUCCCCUCCCGUCAUUCUACCCAGACCUCACUCAUAACUGACACACACACACACACACACACACACACACACACAUAAAUAUGCAUACACUCGGCUCUCCCCUGCCCUGUCAUCCUAUCAGCUGUGGAUGUGGAAUAAGUCACAGAAGUCUGGUUGGGGGGGCAUUAUCCACUUUGGUUGAACUCAUGUCCAAUCUGAGGCAUCUUCGUGCCAAUAUAUUAACAUCCCUCCAGAACUUUUACUUUAUCUACAGAGUUUGCUGUUGUUGCCCAUUUUUAUUUUGACAGUCCAAUAAUACCUUUGCUGCUGGACACGUUUUAAAUAGCGAUCAUAGUGAAAAAGACCCAGGAACUCGUCACUCUUCAUGGACACAGAUGUGGUCUAAAGGAGGUGUGGGCUUUAACCUUUCCCUACUAGUCACAUGGAUGUUCCCCCCCACGUCUUACUCAUUGGUGUUAACCCUCUCAUUGCACUUAACCUGGUUGUUUAUUCAGAAGUGUUUAUAGUGUCACCCUCUCUUUCCUCACAUUUUCCUUUGAUGAACAGACCUCAGUUCCCCCCACGUGGUAGAAAACGUGCCAUCCUCCCCGUAGACCGUUUCUGCCUCUUAAUUGAACCGUCUUUUAUCGGCACUAAUGGCAUUCGUGCCAUUACCUACGUCCUGUUUGGUCCUGGCAAUGGACCAAUGGAGAUUUUACUUUUAUCAGGAGGAGCCGCUUUAACACCUGAGGGAUGUACAGGUCCAUUGGGAACAGGAACAGGACUCCCAGUGAGGCUUGCAAAAAAAAAAAAAAUGGAGGCAGAGGAGGAUUUGCUUGUGUGCCAUCUGGUGUCAUGUUCACACUUGUGGCGGUGACUUAAUUCAUUAGACUGCCGACGUUCUUUCGUAACGGGAUCCGACACGAAAGGCCACUUACACACAGACAGAAGAUGACGGGGUGAACAUGGGAGGUGGACGUGUGGUUGGAAUGAAACCCUCCUCUAUCGGACACUGAGAACAAGGUAGAGGGAGCGACGUCUCCCCCUCGGGUGAAAAGUAAAAAGGAAUUUUUUUUUUUUGGUGGUGUUUCAUUUGGAUGCUGUCUUUACUUCUUGUUUGCCUUUUAUUGUGGAAUUCAGUAAUAUCAUUAAUAUUGAAAUUGAAAAUAUCAAUUUUUAUCUUGUGUAUAGGUAUUUGUUCAAUUUUAGCGUGUGUGAGUGAAUGAGAGUGUUGGUGAGCGAGUGAUGCACGUGGCAUACUGUGUGAAGUCGAGCGAGGGCAUGUGGUCUUAAAUAAAAGGUGGUGCACUGGGAGUGUUGAUGGGCUGCGGUUUCUUCAGAAACAGUCGGAAACCUUUUGAUUCCUUCCAUUGAGUGUCCUUUGGUUUGUGUUUUUGUCAAUCAAUGUCACUGCUAUGAAGUUUAGCUCAGUAUGAAUAAAUGUAAAAACUUAAAUGCAAUGUGGUCUACAUAAAAGCUUGUAUUAUAAAUUAAUAAAUCUUUAAGUAAGGCAA